CAGCGGAUUGGCUGUCCAGGAAUUUCAAAUACUAGCACUUCAUUUUUAUGAAUCGUGUUUUGUUCGCAACUGCACAAGGUUAUUCGUAGAAGCUUUGUAAACCAUGAGAACUGCAGCCAUGUUGUGUUUGACUAAAUUAUACCCAUCUUGGAAAACCUGGGCUUCUGGGAAUCAGCUAAAAUUUCUUCACCCAUGGAAUGGUGGCAUUGUAAUACAAGCUGUAGGAAAGAAAGAUUAUUUUGAUCUACUGGAUCUCGAUGAGAAAGAUCUGGAAGAGCAGUUUGUUCGAGGACAUGGUCCAGGAGGUCAAGCAACUAAUAAAACAAGUAAUUGUGUUGUGCUAAAGCACAUUCCUUCUGGGAUUGUUGUCAAGUGCCAUCAAACCAGAUCUGCUGAGUUAAACAGGAAGAAAGCACGAGAGAUUCUUCAGGAAAAAAUAGACAUUUUUUAUAAAGGAGAAAAUAGUGAUAUUCUAAAACAAAAAGAAGAUGGAGAGAGAAAAAAGCAAGAAAAGAAGAAAAAAGCAAAAGAACUUUUGGAAAAGAAGAAACAGUUAAAAGAGAUGCAAUAUCCUGAAACCAAAUAAUGAACAGACGUAUUAAUGGGGGAUGCCUAAUAUUUAGUCUGUGGGUAACGGUUGGAUCACUAUUUGAGAAUCAAAUGAAAGUUUGUUUUAUCUGUAUGUGUAUGGCCAGCAUAAGAGUGAGGCCAGAACAUAUAUUGGAAAGUGCACAUUAUGACAUUGAAAAUGGGUAAAUUAUUUUGCACUAGCUGGGGGCUCUUUUGGAAUUUUCUUCUCAAAAGCUUGCAUUUGACAGUAUCUUUUUACCCACUAUCUUUUUAUAGCAUAUAAAUGCCAGGAACGGUUUGAUGCCAGUUUGUAUAGUAUUACACAAACCUGUGUGGCAUGUAGAGGUCCCAUAAUAAAAAAAAAACAAGUAAUUGAGAACUUUAAUUACUGAGAUCAAAAAUACAUCUUUGCAAUAAGGAUAAAAUUACUGCACAGUGAGGUCAAAGGGCCAAAAUUACAAUUCCACUUGUGUUGCUGUAUAUUAAAGGAGAAGGAAAGGUUAAAAUGAAGUAAGCUUUAUCAAAAAGGUCUAUGUGAAUAAACCAGUAAACACUCUCAGUAAUGCUGCCCCGAGUCCCAUGUGGAAAGAAACACAGUGUUCCUUUGCUUCUAUUGUGUACACUUUCUUCUCUCAGCUCAAACCUCCCAGGCAUGAGCAUUAACCUGCACAGCUUGCUCUUCUCUCCCUCUCUCACCUACCUGCUGUAAUCUGAGCCCAGAGCUAUAUGCCUGCCAAAGAAACAAGAGUGCAAGAAAAGGAAGUUAAGCCAUACAAAGCUAAUAUGGCAGCUGCCUUCUUAAACACAGAGAAAGCUUCUAGGGCUGUUUACUGAGGUAUGGUAAAGCAUUCUACAGAAUAAAUAUAGUGUUGAGGCUUGCACUAUUGUGGCUAACCUAUUGGGAAGAAAUUGCAUCAGUAGCUUUCCUUCUACUUUAAACCUUUUAUGGCCAAAAACCAACAAGAAUAUGGAAAAAUGCAAUUAAAUUGGUAAAAUUUAAAAACAAUUCAAAAUAAAAGUUGAAUAAUUCA